AUGGCUGCACCCUACUCUCCAUCUCCAUCUCCAUCUCCAUCUCCAUCACAUCCCACUGCUGCUGCCCUUGUCCUGCUGCUGCUGCUGCUUCAUGUCGCGCUUCUUGGCAACUGUGCGGCGGCGGCUAACGUGACGUUCCGGCCGGGGGAGGAGCUAAGGAGGUACAGGCGGGUCCAGGCGCUCCUCACAAGGCUCAACAAGCCGUCUCUCCGGACCAUUCAGAGCCCCGACGGCGACCUCAUCGACUGCGUGCCGGCGCACCUGCAGCCGGCGUUCGACCACCCCAGGCUGCGCGGCCAGAGACCACUGGGCCCGCCGGUGCGACCGAGUGGACACCACCGCCGCCCCAAUGACACGGCGGACGCCGGAGUGCAGCUUUGGGCGGUGUCCGGCGUCUCGUGUCCGGAGGGGUCCGUCCCGGUGAGGAGGAUUACGGAGGCCGACGUCCUCCGCGCCAGCUCCGUGAGGAGGUUCGGAAGGGUGCCCACGGCCAGAUUACGGCGUGACACGGUCGCCGGCGGCCACGAGCACGCGGUGGGGUACGUUGCCGGCGACGAGUACUACGGCGGGCGUGCGAGCAUCAACGUGUGGGCGCCCAAGGUGAGCACGCCGACGGAGUUCAGCCUGUCGCAGAUCUGGGUUAUCGGCGGCACCUUCGGCAACGAUCUCAACACCAUCGAGGCCGGAUGGCAGGUGAGCCCGCAGCUGUAUGGGGACAACUCGCCCAGGUUCUUCACUUACUGGACGACGGACGCGUACCAGACGACGGGGUGCUACAACUUGCUGUGCUCAGGGUUCGUGCAGACCAACAGCCGGAUCGCCAUGGGGGCGGCCAUUUCGCCCACCUCGGGCUACAAAGGCGGCCAGUUCGACAUCAGCCUCCUGAUCUGGAAAGACCCCAACCACGGCAACUGGUGGCUGGAGUUCGGGUCGGGGGAGCUGGUGGGUUACUGGCCUAGCUUCUUGUUCAGCCACCUGGCGUCGCACGCGAGCAUGGUGCAGUUCGGUGGCGAGGUGGUGGACACGCGCGCCGAGGGGUCGCACACGGCCACGCAGAUGGGGAGCGGGCACUUCCCCGGGGAGGGCUUCGGCCGCUCCUCCUACUUCCGCAACCUGGAGGUGGUGGACUGGGACAACAGCCUCAUCCCGCUCACCACCUUCCACGUCACCGCCGACCACCCCAACUGCUACGACAUCCAGGGCGGCGUCAACGCCGUCUGGGGGAACUACUUCUACUACGGAGGGCCAGGGAGGAACGUCAGGUGCACCUAG